AUGUCCGCUAAGGUCGAUGCCGUUGUUGAGCAGGCCAAGGCCAAUGCGCCUGGCCAGUUGAGCGGUGCUGCUCUCUACUCUAGAUUCGCCCUUGCCGGUGCAAUCUGCUGUUCCAUCACUCAUGGCGGUCUUACGCCUGUCGAUGUUGUCAAGACAAGAAUCCAGCUCGACCCCGUGACCUACAACAACGGCCUGAUCGGAGGUUUCCGCAAGGUUGUCGCAAAUGAGGGCGCCGGUGCUCUGUUGACUGGUGCUGGUCCUACCUUCGCUGGGUACUUCCUGCAGGGUGCAUUCAAGUUUGGAGGGUACGAGUUCUUCAAGCAACAGGCCAUCAACAGCAUCGGCUACGAGAACGCCUCCAACAACCGAACCCUCGUCUACCUCGCGUCCGCGGCUUGUGCUGAGUUUUUCGCCGAUAUCGCCCUUUGCCCACUCGAGGCCACCCGUAUCCGUCUCGUUUCGGAGCCUACCUACGCCAAUGGUCUGAUUGGUGGUUUCAGCAAGAUGCUGAAGAAUGAGGGUGUCGGUGCCUUCUACGCCGGCUUCGGUCCUAUUCUCUUCAAGCAGAUCCCCUACACCAUGGCCAAGUUUGUCGUGUACGAGAAGGUCGCCGAGAUGGUCUACCGCGCUUAUCCCAAGUCGAGCAUGUCCGACAGUCAGCAGACCGCUGUCAACCUGGGAUCCGGUCUCAUUGCCGGUUUCGCCGCCGCCAUUAUCUCCCAGCCCGCCGACACCAUGCUUUCCAAGAUCAACAAGACUAAGGGUGAACCCGGAGAGGGCACCACCAGCCGUCUGAUCAAGAUUGCCAAGGAGCUCGGUAUCCGUGGCUCGUACACUGGUAUCGGUGCUCGUCUCUUCAUGGUUGGUACUCUGACUGCCGGUCAGUUUGCCAUCUAUGGCGACGUCAAGAAGGCGUUGGGUGCCACUGGUGGCGUAGAAAUCAGCAAAUAA